UAAAUUUCUCUAUUUAAAAACACACUAUUAAUAAUUAUUAUGUAUCGUAACCCCCAAGCAAGCAAAACACUCGACAGAAACCCUCUCACCCUCUGACAGACGCUCCGUUGAUCCAUUCUUCUCCGACGUUCGUUAGUACUUCUCGCCGGAUUAGCUUUUGGAGAAUCUGAUUAUCUAACAGUUUGAACUCAUACCAACAGGGACAAUAUGCAGGCUAGUGACAGGUUUAAUAUCAACUCCCAACUUGAGCAUCUGCAAGCCAAGUAUGUAGGAACAGGACAUGCAGACAUGAGCAGAUUUGAGUGGGCGGUUAACAUCCAGCGAGACAGCUAUGCAUCAUAUGUUGGCCAUUAUCCUAUGCUUGCUUAUUUUGCAAUAGCAGAAAACGAAUCGAUUGGAAGAGAACGCUACAAUUUUAUGCAGAAAAUGUUGUUGCCAUGUGGACUUCCACCCGAAAGAGAAGACGAAUGAGGGCAGCAUCAAGUCCUCCAUGUACGCAGUCAUGUUUUAUUUCAAAACUUUGUUUUCUGUUUGUCAGUAAUACUACUGGUCUUGGUUAAAACUGAAAUUUCUUUCAACUGUUGGCUUAUUGGCGCAUCUGGAGUCUUCUAUGAUGAUUUGCUCUACUAUGUUAUCGUGCCUCAGUUUUUAGUUUGCUAUGACUGAUUUCGGUCCCCUCAA